GUUUAUAAUUGUCACAGACGGUAUAAUUUCUAAUACCGCCGGAAGUAUACAUCGCGACAGACGCAUUCCAUCGAAAAUAUUUGUUUAUUUCACUAAGUUGGUGUCUUGCUGAGUACAACAUGUUUAAAGCAAAGAUUUUAGUGCUAGGACCAUGUGAGAGUGGCAAAACAGCUUUAUCAAAUUUCCUAGCAGAUGCAACGGACACAUCUAGUGGAGAUUAUCAUCCAACACAAGGUGUUAGAAUUUUGGAGUUUGAAAAUCACAAUCCAAGUGCCGGACAUGGUAGACAGUCUGCUGUUGAGGUAGAGUUAUGGGACUGUAGUGGUGAUAAAAAGUUUGAGGCAUGUUGGCCGGCAAUGGCUAGAGAUACCACAGGAAUCAUAUUUGUUUAUAAUCCUGACCAACCUAACCAUGAUAAAGAUCUAGAAAACUGGUAUGCAUAUUUUAUUGAUGACCAGGGUAUAAAGGAAACAUCUUGUUGUGUUUUUGCUCACCAUAAACCUAGUGCCCCUGACAGGGAGAGAGCACAAUUAUCGAAUGCACCAGCCCGGCCAUCUGCAACAUGUUUCAGCAACAUUCCUGUGGUACAUACAAACAUUGAAGAAGACAGUGAGGCCGUGAGGAACCAGUUUAGUCAAUUCCUGGCCAAGUUGACAGUGGCAAUGUCAGACAAAAGAGAGCAAGAGGAACUUAGUAUCAUGAACCAUCGAUAAAAACAAUUAAACUAUUCUGUGAUAAUUAUUUGUCUUUGUAAACUUAUUUAUUUUCUUGUGAAAAAAAAUUGGAUCUGUUUAUAGUUCUAAUUAAUUCAGAUUCACUGUAGAUUACUUUGAGUAUUGUUGAGUAAACGUUUGUUCUAGUGGUGUAUUCAAAACUGAUUUUUUUUAAAAAUGGAACCUGGAUGGUUACUAUGCCAACGCGGCAUAGAUCAAAGUCAUAAAUGAUGUAAAAAAAAAAUGAUGCAUACGUUUCCUCCACCGCUAUAGAGCAUAAUUUACAUAAAAUCCCGGGACUUUCCGAAAAGUUUAUUUACUAAUGAAUGAUGACAUUUUCUUUGGGCUUCACACCUCUCUUGAUGACUUUUAUACAGAGGAGAAAGGAACAAAGGUAAUUUUGGCGCCAAACAUAUGAAAUAUAACUUAGUCUUCAGUACAUUUUUAUUUCGAAACACACUUGUCUGAUAUGGGUCUGCUCCUUUAAUAUUAUCAUUGCUUUUUCAUUAUAUAAUACAUUGUUGUUGAACAUUUAUUUUCUUUCUUAAAAACGUCUUAAUACAAAUUAGUGUUUGAAAUUAUUUUUGUCCAAUAUGAUCUCGGUAUUUCAAAUAAAUCGUAACAUAUUUACUUUAGUAAAUAGAUAAACUGUUAAUCAGUCUAGUAAAUGGUAAAUAGUUA